UUAUGUCUAUGAUUGCCCUCGCUCGGGGAUUCGGAGCGUAUCUUUGACGUACAGUGAAACGUCACCUCGCAUGUCUUCAUAAACAUCCUGCGCGGGUAGAGUAGGCGCUCAGACAGAGUAGGAAAAGGAAAGUGGAGAAAGUGAGUAGAAAGUAUGAAGAUUUAUUUCUGUGGGAGUAUCAGAGGUGGCAGAGAUGACGUCCAUCUGUACCGGAAGAUCGUGGAGAAGCUGCAGAGCUACGGGGUCGUGCUGACCGAGCACGUGAGCAGCAGCGAGCUCUCCGACAGAGGUCAGGGAUCAAACUUUCAGGCAGUAUGCACGGUAGUACACACUCUGCAACAUAUAGACUAGAGUCCAAAGUGAACUACACACACACACUCGAUACGUUUCGUUUCGUUUAUUUAGAUCUCCAUUAGCUUUGGCUAAGGCCAUUGCUAUUCUUCCUGGAGUCUACAUUAACAGUUAGCUUUUCGGUGCACAGUCACAAAAAACAUCACGCCACAAACACAAAGACAACGUUGAUAACCACAACAACUCACAACAGCCUACAAGACAAAAACAGAACAACACAAAUAGAAAAAUUCAAACAACAUACACAAAAAACUGGACCUUAUACAUUUCCGCAGUGUAGCUGUAGUUUUGAAAUAAUCAGAUGUUUAAAUAUAAACUUACAUUCCACAUAAUUAAAUUGGGUUAACUAAUUUACCAAAAAUUUACCAGACUUCCAAUAUUAUAAGUACAUCAGACAAACCAAGCUUCAUCUAAAAAAGGAGCUGUUUGACUAGUGAAUAUUCUUUAAGUAGAUCUUUCAAUCUGUAUUUGUUGUGGUCUUGGAUGAUAUGUCCUGGCAGAGCAUUCCAUAUCACCAUGGCCCUAUACAUUACUGUACUUUUCAUUUUGUUUGUUUUUACUUUGGGUAAGGUGAAUUAACCUUUUGUAGCAUGUCUUGUUCUGUAACAGUGUUCAUUGGAAUUGAAAGACAAACGAUCAUGAAUAACCCUUGGCAAUUUCAUCACAGAUAAUCUUCUAAUAAAAGCUUCUAAUGAAGCAGUAAAUCUCUUCUUAACACUCAACCAGGCAAGACAGUUAUGCAUUAUACUUACAUUGGUUUUGUAUGGACAGCGAAGUAAAUAUCUUGCUGCCUUGUUAUGAGCUAUUUGCAAUUUCUUUAUCAGUUAUGAAGCAGCGCACGACCAAACCUCUGAACAAUAAUCAAGGUGUGAUAACACCAAACUCUUAAUCACACUUCCCCUUACAUUUACUGGUAAUAAAUCACUAGCCUGGCUGGGCCAUCCUGUUGCGUGAAUCACUUGCUGUUCUUUCCCACAACAGUCUGGACUUCGGCCCAUUGGGAGCGUGUAUUCCUGGUCAGAAAAUAACCGGGCCAAUCGGAGACCGUGUUUCCACUGUUACCCGGACAACAGGGAAAGGCAGCCCCUGAUUGGUCCAUGUGUAGAUGGAGACGUCUAACACAUGCUGCGGGACUUUUCAAAUCGCCGUUCAUUCAGAACGCCCUUAAUUCUGCAGUUGACUUUGCAAAGUUGGCAGAAAUCGUUUAUAUCCGACGUCCUCUGCGGAUAUAAACGAUUUCUGAUAAGGACAAUAAGGAGAAAUCACAUCUCCUUAUUACCGACAGACUGCUGCCCAUUUUAUUCAUAACUUUCUUAAUAUGUUUCGCUUAUGUCAGUUUACUAUCAGAGAUUUUUCCUAAAAGUUUGGUUUCGUGCACUUGUUCUACCAUCACAUCAUUCACAUACAGCUUCAGUUUUGGCUCAUUUCAUUACAUGUUUUUUUGUCCCAAACACAAUGCUGUUUGUCUUGGAGGUAUUAAGAACUAAUUUAUUAUCGGUUGUCCGUUUCACUAAUACUUGAAGUUCCUGAUUUAAAACACUGCUAAGUUCAUCUAUUGUGGUUUUAGCUAUAUAUUGUUGAAUCAUCUUCAUUCAUUGAAAUUUUUGCAUCCUUUAGGGUCAGUGGUAAGUCAUUCGUGAAUAUUGAAUAGCAAAGGGCCAAGACUACUACCCUGCGGGACUCCACAGUCAAUUCCUAUAGCAUCAGACAGACUUCCAUUAAAAAAGACUGUCUGUCUCCUGUUUUUGAAAUAGCUCUCCAGCCAUUGAGUAGCAUUCGAACUGAAAUCAUAACAUAUUAAUUCCUGUAACAACAAAUUAUGAUCAAUCACGUCAAAAGCCGCACUAGAAUCUAAUAGCACUGCUCCUACUAGCUGUCUGUUAUUAAUUUCUUGGAGCCACUUAUCAGCCAUUUGAGUAAGCGCUAUGGCAGUGGAGUGUUCCUCCCUGUAUGCACAUUGAUAGCCAGUAUACAAAUUAUUAGAUGCAAAAUAGUGCUUUAUUUGACCAAAAGCAAUUUUCUCCAUUAUUUUGCUCAGAGCGGGCAGCAAACUUAUUGGUCUGCUAUUCGAGGCGCAGAAAGAUAAAACGGGGUUCUUAGGUAAUGGAAUGAUUUUUGCAGUUUUCCAUGCUUGAGGAAAAAUACCUUUCUUUAUGCUUACAUUAAAUACAUGACAAAUUGGUACAGAGAUUAAGUUUGCUACCAGUCUGAGCAAUUUCAUAUCUAUAUUAUCUACUCCAGCUAAUCUAUCUUUACAUCCCAGUAAUAGUUUUUUAACCUGGUUGAGUGUAACUGUUGUAAAGUUAAACUCACACUUUUUGCCCUCCAUGAUUUGAUUUCUUAUACUGCAUUGGGAUUGUACAUUAUCUACUAGGCUCAUCCCAUCUCUGAGUUUACUUACUUUAUUUAUAAAAUGAUUGUUGAGGUGAUUCGCAAUAUCCAAAGGCCUGGAAAGAAACUGUCCCUCUACUUCUAGAAAUGCAGGGGUAGAUCUAGAUUUCCUGCCCAUUAUGUUAUUCAAAGUAUUCCAUAAUCAAUGCUGUCAUGCUUUUUGUUGUUAAACAGGUUUUCAUAAUGGAUUUUCUUUUUUUUAUAUUCAACUUGGAUACAUAAUUUCUUAACUUGCGAUAAACUUCCCAAUCAGAUUCAUAAUUAAAGCUGAUUGCCAUUUUCUUCGCAUUGUCCCUCUGUUCCAUACAUUUCUUCAGUUCCUUAUCAAUCCAAGCUGAUCUAAAACUUUUGAUGGAUCUCUUCUUCACAGGUGCAUGUUUAUUCAUGAUUUCCUCGAAUAGUUUGUUAAAAUGUUCUACCGCAGCAUCAGGAUUAUUUACCUCUAAGACACUGUCCCAACAUUUUUUUUUUACAUCAUCAAUGAAAUGAUUAUCAUGGAAGUGUUUAUAUGACCUUUUAAAAAUGAUUUUGGGUCCUGCUUUAGGAAUCCUUGUCUUCCUCAAAAUCGCUAAUAAGUUAUGAUCACUGCAGCCUAGUGGUAUGAAUAUUACUUUCCUGCAUAGUUCAACUGUGUUAGUAAAUAUGUGCUCUAUGCAGGUUGAGGUUCUGGAUCCAUCUCUUUUGAUACAUACUCUAGUUGGCUCAGUUACCAUUUGUUUUAGACCACACGUAUCUGUAAUUGAAAGAAGCCUUUUUUCAGUAGACAGUGUGUUGCGUUCCAGUUUAUGUUGAAGUCUCGCAAUAAGUACAUUUCAUUAGUCAGGUCACCCAUAUUGUCGAUCAUACCACAAAUUUUUUCCAAGUAAUCAGAAUUUGUGUUCGGAGGCCUACAACAACAACCAACUAAUAAGGGUUUUAAGUUAGGGGUGUGCACCUCCAACCGCAUUUCUUCGAUCUCAUUUGACAUUAAGUCACACCUUAUUUUUUACAGGUAUAUUAUCUUGAAUGUAUAUAGCGACCCCCCCCCCCCCCAUGUUCAUUUCUAUCCUUUCUAUACACACUAUAUUCCUGAAUACUUACUGCAGAAUUAUCAAAUGUGGAGUCUAGGUGAGUCUCUGAGAUCGCUAAAAUAUGUAUAUUUCCCUGUACAAGAAUAUUGGAAAUAUCAACUUUUUUAUUUCUAAGGCUACAUAUAUUGAUGUGAGCCACCUUCAAUCCCCUCUUAGGUAAUUUAACUGAGUACAUUAUCCAACGUUCUUGAAAUCCACUAUCUCAUUUAUUAAUUGAACCAUCUGAUAAUUGCUACCUCUACGCCAUUUUAUUUGAUCAUAUUUAGGCCCAAACAAAACUCGAGACACUGACAGCCACCAACAAAAAUAAAUCACACAAACAUUCAUCCACAUAAGACAUAAAACACCCUUGCAGUCCAAAUGAUCUGUGAUCAUUGUGAGAAAAAAAAAGAGAAUAAUAGUGUCCUGAUUCACUCCCUUUCACUACCACAAAAACAACUAUACUAGUAGUAACUACAGCGCAUAAUGGAUUACACUGAGAAGUCCACGCAGUCACGUGAGAGAAGUAACUGCAGCGCCAGUCAUCAUGACCAAAAAUUGUCAACCAAAGUUCUCCUCAUAAUCUCCCCUGCAAUCAAUUCUGUGCCAUUAGGGGAAAGAUAAGGGGAAAAAACGUUCUCUCCCUUUUCCCCCUCCUUCACGUCUUUCCUCGCCCCACAUACUAUACAGUCACGUGAGAGGUGCGACUCAAUCAGCAGCUAGUUCUCCUCGUUGCCUCUUCUGCAGUCCUUUCAUGGAAAAAUAGAAACAAAAUUGAAGUGAAAAGCUGGUCAAGAAGAAAAGAGAGAGAAGGGGCAAUAGUUACUGUUUUGGCUAUUCUUACAGCAGCCGUUACCCACUGUUUUAAGCUAGGUUCACAUUGUAUGAUAUAUAAUAACUCACUGCACAUUCAAAGGCUAGUGUGUGUAUGUGUGGCAGUGUGUUUAUGUGUGUCACUGUCCUGCUGUGCUGUGAUUGGGCAGGAGAGGAUGCUGCAGCAUUAGGUGACAAAGCCAUUCAUGACAGAGACGUGGACUGGCUGCGACAAAGUGAUGGUAAGUUGGUUUAUCCCUUCAGUGUGACUUUAACCUGUGCACUGCAUCCUUGUUUGUGUGACCUUUGACAUUUUUUGUGCUCAGUGGUUGUUGCUGAGGUGACACAACCGUCACUGGGAGUCGGCUAUGAGCUUGGCCGAGCUGUGGACAUGGAAAAGAAAAUCUUCUGUCUGUUCAGACCCUCAUCAGGACGCAGUGAGAAGACUUGUAUUUUGUUCCUCCCUCUCUCCUUUCUGCUCUACUCACCUACAUCAUAGUACAGAGCCCUGAUCUGUCCAAUCAGUAAAAAUAAGAGAAAACCCUCUAAAUGACCAGAAUCAUCUCUUUCCCCUCCUUUCUCUCUGUCUCCUUGUCUCUCUGCAGCUCUUUCUGCCAUGAUCCGAGGAGCUGAGGAUGGCAAAAUCUUUGUGGUCAAAGAUUACAGCGUGGAUGAGGUUGAGAACAUCCUGGAAGAUUUCUUCAACAAACUAAAGAAAGCAUGAAGAACAAACCAAACUUCAGACUGUCUGUGUGUUCAUUUUGUUUAAGUCGGGCUGAAGGAUUCAAUAAAGUUUUAUACACAGAAUCAAGUCAUCCAUUAAGUCAACCAUUAGUUCUGACCUUCGUCAGGACUAUUUUUCCUGGGGUCCAGACACUGAUAUAAAACAGUCAAUACAUAGUACAAUAGUUACAGACAAUAAAAAACAAUUACAUUAAUAGGAAUUUUUAAAUGCGAAAUAAAGCCACAGCAGAUGACA